AUGUCCUUAUCGCGCGGUUCAGUGGUGGAUUUUGCGGGUCUAAAACCUGAACAUGAUACUCAAAGGCCGGUUGCAGGAGCUACCGGUCUUGUUUUACCUACGCAGACCUCUGAGAAGGUCACGGUCGCCGCUAAAACAGUGACAAUCCCUGUAGAGUCAACAGUGCUGCCAAGUGCAUCAAGCCCACCCAAAUCAGCCAAUUCAGUUUCUCCAGCGGCAAGCCAUAAUAAAAAACCCCUGGCUUCUUCUACUGAAACCAUCCCCCCAAAAUCUUUACCGAAUGCAGUUAGAGCAUACUAUAGUACAGAAGGCGGAGAAGUCGAGGACGACGAGGAUGAAGAUGAGGAAUUAUCUGACGACGCUGACCUCUCGGUAUCGGCGGACACUAAAGCCGAUUUGGAAGCUGCUGCCGCUGGCGCUAAUCGAUCACGCAUAUGCUCCUGCCUCCGUUCCAACUGCCUUAAACUCUACUGUGAUUGCUUCGCUGCAGGUCGGGCUUGCUUCGACAUCCACGGUUAUGGCGAAUACGUCUUGCUGCCUGAGAGCCUUAUUGUCACCAGUUGA